AGCUCAGAGAAAUGUUUAAAAAAAGAGAGGUAGGCAAUGAUGAGAGGUGUUAGAUGAGAACUAGAUCUCAGAUUCAAGUUCAGCUUCUGAUUUCUGGCUUUAGCACACUAUUGAGCUUCUGUCAAUUUAAGUAAAGAACAGUUUGUGUCCUUGAGGGCAAGUCAGCUUCGGAGUCAAGCUUUUUUUUUUAAGCUGACACUUUUUUUUACCAAAACAGUUACCUCUGUGGAAGCUACGGAUCAAAGACAAGAGGAAUACUUUUUCUCUAUGCAAAAGGCUCAAGAAGCCAUGGCAUCGAAUGUUCUCUGUUGAUGUUGUGACUCAGCAUAAAACUGAAGCUGCCAGCCUGGAUUUACGCUGGAGUUGACGUUGCAGACAUGAAGAACUUUAACCAGAGUAAACAAAAUAAUCUGGUCUGCAUGACUUCAGUCAGUUGGGUUUUGGUUCUAAUGGGACUUCUGGCCUCAGUCAGCGGCUGCCCAAGUGUCUGUACCUGCUACAGUAACACAACUGACUGCUCUAAUGUCGGCCUCCUCUCUCUCAGUCCCAUCCUAAAACUGCUUGGCCACGACUUCCUUGCUCUCCUCCUUUCCAAGAACAACCUCUCUUCCCUGUGGAACGAUGAUGAAUUCAACCUCAGCAGCUUGGAGCUCCUGGAUCUCUCCCAGAACCAUUUUUACAGCAUAGAGACUGGAGCUUUCUCAGGCUUGAGCAGCCUGCGCUGGUUGAAUCUUUCAUCUAACUACCUCGGCACACGUCUGGCCACCUCUGACCUCAACAGCAGUACGGCAAUAGUCACAGACUGGAGCAGAGGCCAGGGGGGUAUUGGUUUGAGCAAGGACGUUUUCAGGGGUCUGUGGCAGCUCCAGGGCCUGGACCUGUCCUCCAACGGUCUCAUGUGGCUGCCCAAGGGCUUACUGGACCGGCUCCAGGGACUCACCUGGCUGUCCCUGGCCGCCAACCGCCUCGUGGCCCUGGACAGAGUCACGUUCCAGCACCUAGAGGGGCUGCAGAAGCUGCUGCUGGUGGGAAACCCCUGGCAGUGUGACUGUAGCUUAAGGGACUUCAAGCACUGGAUGGAGUGGCUACUUUACAGGGAUGGGCAGGUGGAUGUGAUGCAGUGCAGUGUGCCGAGGGAGUUGAAGGGCAGGGACAUCCGCAGUGUGCCAGCAGAGAUGUUCAACUACUGCCUGCAGAAUCAAACUAAGGAGGCUGCGUCGGAUCGUGCCACUCGACCCCCCUGCCUGCUCGGACGGGCCAGCAGCACCGAUGAAUGCGUUCGCCAGCAUUACCGGCCCAUCAGCGUGCGUCGGGCACACGGCACGCAAAUAGUUGCGGGUGUGGUUUGUGGAACCGUGUGCAUCAUGAUGGUCGUUGCAGCAACUUAUGGUUGUAUUUACGCUUCGCUGAUGGCGAGGUACCAGAGAGAAAUUAAGAACCGAGGACAGCCUCUAAUGGUGGAGUCUGGGGCUGAUACCGACCUAGAGGAUGGGCCAAUGCCAUCACCUGACACACCGAAGGCCCCCCCCAACGAAGCCUGUGACUUUGUGCACAGCUAUCGAAUCAGCAGCUUCUGACAUAACUAUGCAUACUAAUGUUAAAUCCUUCCCCAACAAUCUUGCUGCUUCUUCUCUUCAGCUCUUCUGUGAUGGGAAAAAGCCUGUUACUCUCCUGAAACUAUCCAGGCAGGGACCAACUGUUCAGCUCAAGGUCCCGACUAGAGUUGGUGGGGCUGGAAUACUGCAGCACUUCUUUUAAUGUAUGGAUGCUCUGUGGAUUGUUAUUCCCUGUGCUGCAUCCCUCAGCCAGUUUUUUAAACUCCCCUGAAGCUGCUGUCUGGCACUUCUGCAACUAAAAGCUCUUUCAUUAGUGUUUUUCUUCUUCUUUAAAAAUGUUAAAUUACUUUUGUGUUCAAGCUGUCUUUUAUAACUGAAUAGAAGCAACAAGCACAAGCUAAAUGUCCAAGAAUACAGAUGUCGAUGAUUGUUUGAUAUUUGUUUGCUGCACAGAAUUAUAUUUUUCCAGCUUGACUGUAUAUAUUUUCUAUUUAUACUUUCUUCUAUCCUUUGUUGGAUAUCCUGUCGAUGUUCCCAAGAAAACAGAUACUUCAGCACAAGUUUUUUAGAGAAUACUACUUUAAGUUGUAGUAGUAGUCAUAGUAGUAGUAGUAGUAGUAAAGAACAACUUUACUUCAACUGUAACCUAGAGGUUAAGCUUUUUGCUACAACAGUUUGCAUUUUCUUAGCUUAACAUAAAAGUUAUGUGACUCUUUCUUUUGAUUUUUUUUCUUCAUAAGUAAAUGUAAAAUUGUGUAAAAUUUUACUCCAAGACUGUUUAAUCAGGCUGAGGAUAGUAAACUUUAUUUAUCUAAAUUGCACUCUUCUAUAAGACACAUGAAAGUUGAUUGUUCAAUAACAGAUUUAGCCAAUGAUAUUAAGACCAACAGAGGCAAAUGAUACCAGUUCUUUUUAAUGAUGGUAGCACAGCUUGUGUGACAAGAUGUUUAAAUAACUUUCUAAUCUCGCGAGGCCAUGAAUCAUGAAUCAUUUCCAAUGGUAGAAUUUAUUUAAAAAAGUGUUGGUGAGGAAUACCCCCACUGUAGAUUCCAUUAAUAAGGUCGUAAAAAAAGUUUAUAUUGCUUCAAGACAAGCAUCUUGGGUUAAACUAAGAGCAACCCUUGGGGUUAUUUGGCUUUAAUGAUUUUAAUAAAGUGUACUGGGUAGACACUGCAUGAAAUUUUAUCCAUUAGGCAACAAGCACAUUCACAUAAAGGUGGUAUACUUAAUAAGACAACCUCAGAAUCGUGACAUGUAACAGAUGAAAAUUGUAUUCUUCUGAAAUGUAGCCGCUGAAACAGAAUAAAAUAUUUUUCAUAAGCUGUUUAAAUAAAUUUCAUGCAUUUAAGUGAAGACAAGGAUAUACAGGUAGAGGAAUUAUCUUAGCAGUCAAACACAGUUGGCUCAGCCAAUGGCUACUCAUUCGUAGUAAUCAUGCUACUGUGCUUAGCGAAGCAACCAGCAGUUUGUGUUAUCCUAGCGUUGGCUAAACACAACAGUACGUUUUGAUUUCACUCUUAAGUCAACAGGAGACACAGAAUAUUCCACUGUAAACGUCAACCAGCAGCUCUGUGGGGCAGGGAUGAGCCGAAGAAGCUAGUACCAGGGUUUUCAGAGCUCAUGAGGAAAUUAAACGACUCAGGCUCCGAAAAUAAGCCCAAAACAAGUGACCCAAGAUUUUAAAUAAACAAAAAACAAACUCAUGUUGAUGUGGUUUGGCAAUUCGCCUCAUUUGUUUAUUGCUAUUAUUCAUGAACGGUCAUGAAAACCUGUGGCCUUAUGAUCUCAAAUAUUGUUUCACUCACUCAACUCAAAUAACCUGCUCAUAACAUACUGUACCUGAGUGAAACUCAUUGGUCAUUAAAAUUAUGGAAUGAAUUUCUAAAAUUGGGAGUUGAAAGUCCUUACGGAAUAGCUUACA